AUGUCUUGUUACACUCUUCGUUUUUUGGUUUUAUUCGCUUUUAUUUUGCUUUCCAGUCUCAAUGAAUCGGUCAACUUAUUGUUGUUUUGGGGUUAUCCUUCUGAUACUUCUGAAACAAAGUAUUGUGAUGUUCAAUCGGAAAGUGGAAACUUUGAAAGUUGUAUGGAUUUGUGUUUGAAAAGUAACACGUGUAUGCUUGCCUUUGGUACCGACAACAGCUGUACCCUAUGUGAUACCUACUCAAUAUCUGUUAUAACUCAAACUAACGCUUCGAAUGGGAUCAAGACUGCUAUUAAAAUUGAUCAACAACAACAGUGUCCGAGUAUGCAGAACGAUUUAUAUACAAGAUCGGACACCCCUGACAACUAUACGCUGUCAUUCUCCAACUCUAUUUGGAAACUAUCUUAUGGCAAGAAAUGUGUCACUGACUCAUGGAAAAUAUUCUUGAGACCUGCCGGACCAACUUGCAUCAAAGUGGAGAAGGCUCCCAAGUUUAUCAAUUAUACAGAAACUGCAAAGUCAGUCGGAGGAGCUUAUCCGACUCUGGAAUACACGUCCGUGUGGUUGACUGGAACUAUGAAAAUUGCUUGUUAUCAGCAGCCAACACCGUCUAACUGUACUGACAUAAAAGCAUUCCAAGCAUUCGCAUGGCAAAAUAACUUUGACUCGUACAAGUUUGCUCCAGGAUAUCCGACUUUUGUUAAAUCAUCUUCAAACCAAUAUCAGAAAUGUUUACAAAUGAUGAUAGCGCAGAAAUCGGAAGACUGGGAUGGAAUGAUUACGAAUACAGUAUUGGAAAGGAUUUCAUUGAUUUUACUUUUUCACUCAUUGGGUUUCCUCGCCUUCGCACUUCAUAUAAUCACACAAGUAUUUCAAUUAUUGAUUUCAUUAGUUGCAAUUCGUAAAUUCAUUAUCUACUUCUAUCCGUCUUCAAUUCCACGUGUAGUGGAUAUCCAGAAAACUUUAACAAAAUACAUCUGGACAUUGUAUGUUUCUAUCAUGAUGAAGGAGUUAAUCUGCCUGUAUCGGUCAAUAAUAUCUACAGUAACCGUUUGUGAUGAAGAAGAGACAAUCACGCUUUACUCGCUCUCAACACUGAUUAUAUCGUUUUCCUACUAUCUUGGAACUUUCGGAUUCUUCUCGAUUGCAAUUGACAUUGUUAGUACACCAUUCAUAGUACAAAUCUCGUAUUUGUGUAUGAACAAGAACAGUGUAAAACGAAUAUUCACGGAGUUUAAAUAUGCAAAUUUCAUGCGGAUUCUGAUGAAUAUUGAAGUGAAGUCUACGGUGGAGCCUGAAAUUCCGAAACCGGAAGUCGAAACAACGCGUGUGUAA